AUGAACGCAACGUUGGUCCCAAGUUUGUCUUCACCAAUUAGUCUUCAAACCACAGAAACGACAAACACCUCCGAAAAUACAACUCUAGGAAUCUACGUUACCACUAUUUUAGUGGUCAUCAUCGUUAUAACAAUUUUAGGCAACGGACUUGUCUGUUUGGCUUUCUAUCGUCAACCGCAUAUAAGAGGUGUUUCCUAUUAUCCAAUUCUUAGCCUAGCACUGGCCGAUAUUUUAUCCGGUAUCAGCGCAAUGCCGGCGUACAUUGCCAAGAAGCACAUUGCUGGUGGUGUUGAAGAAGGUAUUACAUGUGAUGUAUUUCGUUUCACAUAUUUCUUUUCCAUGUAUGCCUCCAUAUUGAGUGUAACCGUAGUGAGUCUCGAGAGGUUUAUAGCAAUUAAAAUGCCGAUCUGGCAUAGAGUGUUAUUAACUAAACGAAAGAUGGUCACCGCGCUUAUGCUCUCCUGGCUCGAUGCCACACUAGUGUCCAUGCUUCCGUUCGUUUGGCAGCGCGGAGACAUCGACGAAUUAUGUACCUACCGACCUUCAAAAGAAUGGAGCAUGAUGGUUAUUUUACUAAAUGUGUGUUUUCCAUUUGUUAUUAUGUUUGCCUGCCACUUCUACACAGUUUACUUUGCUAUUCAAAUUACCCGCGCGAAACAUCGAGCGAGAACUACAGGUACAACAGUUAAUGCCAUUAGACGAAAUACAAGCGUUAGAAAUUCCGAUGAGAAUAAACAGGCUAUUUUGGCAAAGCGGGAACGAGAUCUUACGUGUACGAUGGCGAUAGUUUUGGGAGCUUUUAUCCUAUGUUGGGCACCUUCAACUUUUUAUUACUUUCUCCGUAUGGUUUGUCCCCAGUGCUACCGACCGUCUUUUAAACAGGUUGAACCUGUUUUCAACGCAGUUGUGAAACUACUAACAUUCUUGAAUUCCUGUUUAAAUCCGAUUAUUCACUGUUUAUUAAACAAACAUUUCAGAGAAGCAAUUUAUCUGUCAGUUUUGAAAAAGUCAAAGGCAAGAAAGAGAAAGUUCAAAGAGUCCAUACGGAUAAAUAGAUUUGACGAAAAGAAAGAGACUUCAGCUGCACUUUAA